GCCGGGUUGAGGCGCUGGUGAGGCACACGUCAGUCAGCAGUCGUCGAGGCCGGGUUGAGGCGUUGGUGAGGCACACGUCAAGCAGCAGCUGGUCAGGUCGUCCACAGGCAGUUCGUGCUCGCUGAGAGGGCCUGAUAAUCUGAAUCCUACAUCUACUGACAGCAUCUGGUCAGGUUGUGGCAGCUAGUAUUAACGGACACAACCAGCCACUCAUCGUUUAAAAGGCAAGUUCCAGAUACAUCUUGAGACGAACAGCUGGGUCCAGUGUACGGAGAAGUUCAGGAUGGCCGUCGGCGAACUGAUCCUCUACGGACUGGUAACCAACUUGACUUUUCCAAUCUGGAUUGUGCAAGAUGGGGCGGGUGUGGCGUCGCAGGUGGCGUGUGCGGCUCGUUGCCAUCAACACUAUGCCUGUGGAGGAUUCAAAUGGAACUCUACUUCAUGCCGCCUGGUGGUGCACCUUUCAGUGCCUGGUGCCGUGCAGCGCACGUUGCCGAGCGUGUUCAGACUCAACUCGUACAGGACGAACUACAUCCUGAACGAAUUACCUCCUCCGUCAGGGGCCGUCGGUCCCCCAGAUGCACUGAACAAAUGUCAGAACAAAGGCAUGGAUCUGUUGCCAUACCCCGCCACCUUGAAAGACAGGGCAAGUUUGUCCAUCCGGCAGACGGAGCGCUUCUACGUAGACAUGAAACGAGCCCCAAGCGGCAAGUACGUAACCUUGAGCUCCGGAGAUCCGGUGCCCAACUCGGCCAUCUUCGAGUGGGGGCCUAACAAUCCUGCCUACGGCAGCAAUCUGUGCAUUGGACUUGGCCGCCCUGAAUUCGUGUACUUCGACUUCGACUGCAGUAACACCUCUCCCAUCACUGGAGUCAUGUGCGUGUACCGUGCAUUACAGUAAUCAGCGUACUAUGUUGAACUGAUGGUUGAAUUAUGUAAGGUUAACCCACGAGAAAUUCCGUCUCUGAGUUCAGCUUUCUUGUUACGUCACUGAGAUCAAGAAACAUAA